CUGGUGAGCGCGCUAAUGCACAUGCACGCGCACCUGGGAGCUCCGACUGUCGUUAAAGCCGUGCUCGCUGGGGAGGACGGUGAGCUUCUAGAUCGGAGUUCGAAGAUCGUGACGAUGUUGCGUCUUGGCGUCCUGCUUGUGGGUUUUGCUGUUUUGGGGCACUGUCAUGACGAAAUACUACAGCAGUGUGCAGUUGAUCCAAGAACCCGAGUUGAAUGUGGCCUGUUUAAGCUCAACCAGAUUCUCUGCCAUCUGCGGGGCUGCUGUUACAGAGAAAUAACCCCUGAUGUCCACAAGUGUUACAAAGCUGAAGUACCUCCUAUCUGUGAAGUGCCCGCUCAUGAACGGACGACGUGUGGCUACCCCUUUAUUUCUGUCGACGCCUGCAACCAAGAGGGCUGCUGCUUUGAUGCCCGGCUGUGGCCCUCGGAGUGGUGCUUCAGACCCUCCUCCUCCUCACGAUGAAGGUCUUCUGCUCCCCACCAUUGAGGCUUCACAUGCGCUGGAGAACUCUUGGAACAGUUCUGACACGUACAGUUUACCUGCCUAUUUUGCCAUAAUUAAAAGUGAAGGGGGUCCUUUUGGAAGAUGCGUCUGU